CCAGCGUGCCCCGCGGUCGGCCCGCUCGCCUACGGGUGGGCAUGUGAAAUCGCUGCGGGACGUCGUGGCCUCGCGGAGCCGGCAUGGAAGCGUGGCGCUGCGUGAGGAGGAGCUACGGCCGCUGUGCGGCGGGCCGAGGCCGCUCCCCCAUGCUGCUCCGUAUGCAGAGGACUCUGGGCCGAGACUGGACGGUGCCGUGGGAGGCGCUGCAGAGCCGCUGCUGGCACAGAUACGUCUUGAGUUGCAUGAGGUGGCCAGGACGUUAUUCCCGUGUCCCAUACCCCUACCUGAGCACUCGGCGGUUUUCCUUGAAUUUGAGGCCACCCCGCUGGCUGGAAUCCGGAAGUCAACUCCAGCACCUGAGCCGCCCCUCCUGGCUCCAUCUCUCCGGCUACAUCAUGACCCAGGAGUCCGAGGCACCCUCGUCCAAACGGAGGAAGCGCCAAGGUGUGCUGCAGCGGCACUGGGAGUACAUACGCAGCAAGAAGGAACAGGCCAGAGUCGAUGGAGACAGCAACGACACCCAGCGAGAGGACAGCAGCACCACCUUUGACUUCUCAGUGAUGUCCUACAAUAUCCUGGCCCAGGACCUGCUGGAGGACAACUCACAUCUAUACCGGCACUGCCAGAGGCGACUUCUACACUGGGGCUUUCGCUUUCCCAACAUCCUGAAAGAGAUCAAACAUCUGGAUGCAGAUAUACUGUGUUUACAAGAAGUUCAAGAAGAUCAUUAUGGAGCAGAAAUAAGACCAAGUUUGGAAUCACUGGGAUAUCACUGUGAAUACAAGAUGCGGACGGGCCGGAAGCCCGAUGGCUGCGCCAUCUGCUUCAAGCACUCCAAGUUCUCCCUCCUGUCAGCCAAUCCUGUAGAGUUCUACCGGCGUAAUGUUGCACUGCUGGACCGGGACAACGUGGGGCUGGUGCUGCUCCUGCAGCCCAAAGCACCACAUGCCUCCUGCCCUGUGGUGUGUGUGGCUAACACACACCUGCUCUACAACCCACGGCGGGGUGACAUCAAGCUCACGCAGCUGGCUAUACUCCUGGCUGAGAUGACCCGUGUGGCCCAGCAGCAGGAUGGCAGCUUCUGCCCCGUGGUCAUGUGUGGUGACUUCAACUCUGUGCCUGGCUCCCCACUUUACAGCUUCAUCAGGGACGGGAAGCUGGACUACGAGGGACUCGCCAUAGGCCAGGUCUCUGGCCAGGAGCAGUCAUCCCGGGGACACAGAACCCUGACCAUACCCAUCUGGCCCCCCAGUCUCGGCAUCUCCCAGAACUGUGUUUACGAGGCCACCAAAAUGGCAGCACCCACAGGCGCUGGCCCAACGCAGACACCGCUGGACAAAGCAGACGAGAGCGCCAGCAAGCCACCCUCCAGCUUGCAGCACCAUUUCAGUCUGGCAUCAGUGUACUCCCACUACGAAGCCAACUCAGGCAUCCCAGAGGUGACCACCUGCCACUCCCGAAGUGCCAUCACCGUGGACUACAUAUUCUACUCUGCCACAAAGGAUGCUGCCUCUGAGCAGCAAGGCACUGAGCUGGCUUCUGUUGGCAGCUUGACGCUGCUUGCCAGACUGUCCCUGCUCACGGAACACGACCUGUGGGCCGUCAAUGGGCUCCCCAACCAGAACAGCUCCUCUGACCACCUGCCACUGCUGGCCAAGUUCCGGCUGCAGCUCUGACACGCCCACAGCUCUAGUGCUCAGUUCUUCACUGACUCUCGUUCGUUCUGUACAAGUUGAUGUGUCAUCUUUCUGUGCUGUGGAGUCUUUCAGUUGUGUUAAAUGUUUGAAGCAGACGCAAAAUAACCUUUUUUAAAUUUUAAAUUAUUGUAUCCAAACACCAUGGUUAUAAGGUUGUUCAUACUGCAAUGGUUUUUCUUUUCAUGAUUGCAAAAUUGUUCGUGAUUGAGUUUCAGUGUCCAACACCAUUCACCGAUGCUCGUUUCCUGCCUCCAAUGUCUCCCAUUUCCCUCCCACCUACCCUCCUGCCUGCCUUCAGGGCAGACAUUUUUCAUCUCUUUCUCUCUCUCCCCUCCUCCACCCUCUCUUUCCUCUCAUCUCUCUCCUCCCUCCCUUUUAUAUACUGUGGCUUGCAGUAUUGUUGCUGAAUGGGGUAUCAUGCAUAGCAUUUUUCCUCCUUUCAGCACCCAGUUCUGCCCAGAGUGAUCAUUUUUAACUCUUGUUGUCACGGUGGUCCCUUUUCUGCCCUCACUGCACUCCCCACUCUGACAAGCUUCCUACCAUGAAUUGGUCCUCCUGGCCCUCGUCUCUAUUGACUCUGGAUAUUAAUACCAUACUAUUGUCAAAAGAUAAUUUUGCAACAAUUUUCUAAUAACAAAAAAAUUAUUUUCCUGACACGUGGGACUUAAAUGUUCUUUAUUGUAAAAAGACAAAAUGUAAAUAUUUUUUAUUCUCAUAAAUCUUGCUGGUGAUUUGUAAA